AAUAGACAUUGCUGACAAACUGACAAACACUACAGUACAAAUCCCAAUGACAGCCAUUCAAAGAGCCUGAAUUAGCAAAACUGAGGGAGAAUAUUGCAGAAAAAGAGCAAGGAAAUGAAACAGGAAGUCACCAUAAUGGAGGACGGUAUUCAAGGCCAUAUGGCACCUACUGUGGUCUCCAUGUUGAAGAUCAAGAAUGAAAGCAUUCGAGUGGUCCUGGCAGAGACCCUCUGCACAUUCAUCAUGAUGGUUUUCGGCCUUGGCUGUGUUGCACAAGUGGUCACAGGAAAUGGAUUUUUUGGAGAGUACCUCAGCAUAAAUGUAGGCUUUGGGCUGAGUGUGGCUAUGGGUGUGCACAUUGGUGGAAAAGUGUCAGGAGCUCAUAUGAAUGCAGCUGUUUCAUUCACAAUGUGCGUGUUUGGCCGUUUACGCUGGAAGAUGCUGCCAUUAUAUGUCUUAGCCCAGUUUCUGGGUUCCUUCCUUGCUGCUGGGACCAUUUUUUCACUUUAUUACGAUGCUAUACAUCAUUACUGUGGGGGCAAUUUCACUGUGUCUGGCCCCAAAGCAACAGCUGGGAUCUUUGCCACAUAUCCAGCACCUUACAUCUCAAUCUACACUGGAUUCUUCGACCAGGUUCUGGGCACCGCCAUGCUGUUGCUGUGUCUGAUGGCUCUGUCAGACCAGAGAAACCAGCCGGUUGUGGCAGGAGGUGAGCCUGUGGGAGUGGGGCUCGUGGUGCUGCUCAUUGGUGUCUCUCUGGGGAGCAACAGCGGCUAUGCUAUCAAUCCCACCCGAGACCUGGGGCCAAGAGUCUUCACACUGAUGGCAGGAUGGGGCAUGGAGGUUUUCAGUCACACAGACGGAUGCUGAGGUUACCAAGCACGCAGAACCAAAACAUUGCAGUUCUGCACUCCUAUUGGCUAAGAAAAUGAGAGACGAGUGAUUUGACCAAUAGUAUCCUGGAUGGGCGGGCGCAGCAAGUUAAUGUCAGCCAAUCACACGCACCAGCGUUGAAAAAUAGGAGGAGCUCCUGCACGUAAUCUGGAAGUGGCGGUUGUUUCAGUAUGGCGUCUGUUGCUGAGGGAGCAAAUGGCAGUGGAUUCUACUGGAUUCAUGACA